UUUGGUAAUGGGGAAAGUAAGUUAUUUAGCUUUUUGCACGUUUUUGCUGGGUUUGUUUAGAGACUUUGGAGAAAAAUAUCUAUGCAUAUUUAGUGAAUAUAAGCUAUUAUCAAAUUUCGAGAUUUAAAAAAAUAUGGUGGACUUAGAAAAAAUAUCCUUCGAUGGGAGUACAAUUCCCCUAGGUGUUCUCUAAUCGAAAAAGCUUAGCAUUUCGAUUUAAUUUUUGAUUCGAAAUGCUAUUUUUUAAAUCAACCACCAAAUGGUGGUUUCAUUCCUUUAAGUAACUUCCAUGCAGAUGCCAUGUGACGCGUGAAUAGAUCACGACAUGGUUGUUUUACUUUCAAUUCAUUUCUGGUAAAGUGUUAAUGCCGUUCGCAUGUAUCCAUCGCCAAAAACAACAACAACACAAUAAACAAUAAGAGGAGACGAAGAAGAAAAACAACCAACACCAUUGCAUUGUGUAGCUAACUACCUUUUGAUGGCAGCACAAUGCGCCAGUCGAAAUCCAUUCGAAAGCCCAAAGCAAAUACUCCAUUCAUAAAUAUGGAUCGGGAAUUUUGAAUGCAAGUGAAUGAAGGCCCAAAGUUAGAGGUUCGGAAGCAUCGCAUGCAAAAAAAAAAUUGUAAAUAUUAUUGUUUGUUGUUUUUUUACGUUUUUUGCCGAUUGCAACUGAGGAAGAAUGAGAGCAAGAGCAAAAAAAUAUGUAUGGAGAGAGUGAGUUUACAAUGGUACGACGACAAACCAACCAGCCGUUUAACAACCAUUCUUCAUGGCUGACUGACUGUACAAACAAAUUGGUUACAUGCGGAGAGGUUGGCUUGGCAGUGGCUAGCUAUAUAAAACACGAAAUAGACAGAUAUCCUCGAUUCAAUGUUGCCACAGCCAUACAGGAAGACACAACAACACAACUCACACCACAGACAUCCGUACAGCGUCGGCAGAGGGCGAUACACGACCGUGAUCUUGAGGAGAUUUCAGCAGAUUGCCAGGAGACCUCAUUGCGGCAGCGACGGCAGGGUUAUCAAUAUUAUCACUACGACAACAGCCACAACCAGGAUUACAAGGUUCACAACAACGACUACCACACGGAUACGAACGACGACAAGAAGGAGCAGCCCUGGCAACUGUUGCAACUCUGGAGGAGAUAUACCCAGCAGCUCAAUAAAAAUAUCUAAAGGAUGCUGCUUCUGUUGUUCCGAAAUUGUUGUCGCAUCCUGUGGAAACAUGUAAGAACGAAUUCGCUUGGCCACAAAAAAUUGGAUAAAGAGCCAAAGAAGUUAUCGCCAACGCCGCCACCAUCGACGCCGCUGCAAUUGUCAUACUAUCGCCAACAACAACAACGACAUUACCAUUUCAUUUUAUGGUUUUCAUUUCUGUUGCUGCUGAGUCAACAGCAUGGCGAAUGCGAAUGCAGUCCAGCAUCUGGAGCGAAUCACAGGGCCCAACGCCGUUUCAUGUGGAAACAAAUGGACACAACUGUGGAUGGUUUCGUUGGACGAAUGGUGACAGGCGCCCGUAUGAUGAAGGGUAUGAUUGGUGAAUUCAUGCCACAGCAACAACAAGGUGGAAAACCAGGUUCCGGCAAUGCUUUGGAUUACCUGCCAACCGAGACAACACGUAUACGCUACAUCAUACGUAACCCUCUGACCAAAGAGACGAAAGUUAUUAAAAUACGUCCCUCGAAAAAGGUCAUCAAACUUAUGGCCAUGACACCGAAACCAUUGCUGGCCGAGAAGACCAAGUCGAUGUACAUCUUGGAAAAUGGAAAGCUACGGCAGCUGGAAAAAGAACAGAAACUUAUAGCUGAGGGAAAACUUCCACCAAAACACGAGGAACGCAUGCCUUCUAACAAGAAACCCACUUCUGGCGACAACUCACAGCGUGGUCAUAAUCGUGACCAUUUACAACACGGAGAAAUUGUUAAAGGCGUCGGAUUGGGGGGUCAAGAUUUUGGCGAAAGUUGGAAACCGGUGUUUAAGGACCACGAGAGCCAUUCCACAGCCAGGCCAUCAAUGAUGAGUUUGUUGCACACCAACAUUGUGGGUGAACUGUUGCCACAGCCGCAGAAGCAAGUCUAUGAUCCGACAUACGAAUCGAAUGACUACGAGGAAAUGGAGCGGGAACGGGAACGUGAAUUCGAACGUGAUCGCAAUAAAUCACACACCUAUGAGGUGACGGAGUACACGGCAGAGGAAUCGGUAAUGCAACCCUUGUCCCAUGACUACUACAGCUAUAAGCAUGUACCAAUCUCUGGAUUGACAUUGCGGGCCACGGGGUCCACAAGCACAACGGAGUCGCCAAGCGAAACCAAUAAGAACGAGGAAGAAACAAACCCUGAAGAACAUUUUUAUAGCUACCGACCUGUACCGGUGGCCUCCUUGUCGUUAUCUCUGCGAGGACUUGGUCAUCGGUAUGCUACGCCCCAAAAGGAGAUACCACGUGAGGUGGAGGAACACAAGGAAGUUGAGGAGGCAUCAUCGGAAAAAGUUCAAAUAACGGAAUAUAGAACUCACAGAGGUCCACCACCUUCACGCUUGAGUGGCAGCAGCAGCAGCAGUAGUUAUAGGUCACAUGUGGAGACAACGACAUCACUGCCCAGUACCACAACAACCGAAGAGCCCAAUUAUCCACCGGCCUUCCUCAAGAAAAUGCGUGAACGCCCCGACAGUCAGUAUGUGGUCAAGCAACAACAACCCCGUAAUAAACCCAAAGAAUUGGUGUUGGAAAAUACCUGGAUACCUUCCAAUGUGUCCUACUCUGAGACCAACACCUACCACCCCAAACCCACGGCCUAUCCACAGCACUCGAUAUCCUCGCUACGUAUCAAGUCUCAAAAAUGGCCACCCGAUUUACCGGAUACACACAAUUCGGAUAACGCUCAUCACGCAGCAGAACCCUCUGCCGGAUCUCUCCAAGGCUAUGAAACCAAUGCGUCAGCAACCUCCAUUUCAGCUGUGCGUAACACCGGAAACCAUUCACGGAAAAAUGUUCGCCUCAAGUCGCAUGAGGGCGGCAACAGUUCUCCAAUUUCUUCUUCUGCCUCCUCUGGUUCUUCGAACACAAGUACCUUGUCUGCCUCAUCCUCCUCUUCCUCACCCUCAUCCCACUCACAACCUGCUCAUGAAACAAGAAAUAUUGAAUACCACAGACAUCGCAACAGCCGUCACAGAGGCUCUAUUCGAUUCGGUGACAAAUUGGAAACAGAUGAAGGUUAGAAGACGGCUGACGACAGACGGCAGCAACAGCACCAACAACCCCAAGCAAACAGCUCUAAGCUGCCAGGGGUGUUGCAAACAAGGAAGCCCUGCGUGCGACCAACCAACCAACCAAAGUCAAUUUUAAACAAAUUAUUUAUUGAGCGUUUUAGUAGAUAUGUAAGUGUAACUAAGUAAUUGUUAUUGUUAUUGUAGUCGUAAGAACAGAUCAGCAAGAAAGAGAGUCUAGGCAUUUAAGUAAAUUAUUUAUACCUUAGUUUUUAUAGAUGUGUAGUAUACAUUUACGAGGAGUAUAUA